AUGUUUACCACGAGCAAGAAGAUCCUAAAGGAUAAGGGUGCAGAACCGACUGAGUUGGAAGACACUGUGGCUCAGGCAUUCUUUGAUCUGGAGAAUGCGAACCAGGAGUUGAAGAGUGACUUGAAGGAUCUUUACAUUAAUUCAGCAGUGCAAAUCGAUAUGCCUGGCAAUAGGAAAGCUGUUGUUAUUCACAUUCCAUACAGGCUGCGAAAAGCCUACAAAAAGAUUCAUGUUAGGCUGGUUAGAGAACUGGAAAAGAAGUUCAGUGGGAAGGGAGAAAUUGCUGGGUUUGCAAGUUGGGUUUGCAUGGUUGUGGUCUUAUAA